AUAAUAAUAAUUCAGUCGCAGUUUGGCUUUCAUCGUGAUAAUGUCUUUACUAAUGUGGUUUGUAACGAUUCUCGUAAUCGCUGUAUUCUGGUUCUACUUUUGGAGCGUCAAAACGUACAGUUACUUUAAAAAAUUGAAAGUCCCGUACGUGAAACCGAUUCCGCUGCUUGGGUCUCUGGGACCAGUAUUUUCCGGCAAACUCCACCCAGCCGAUGCCCUGGCCCUCGGAUAUAAAAAGUUUCCAGAUCGAAGAUUUUCCGGCUACUUUGAGUUCCAUCGGCCGGCCAUUCUCCUCCACGAUCCUCGACUGGUCAAGCAGAUCGCCGUCCAAGAUUAUGAUCAAUUUCUGGACCACGGUACCUUGUGCCCGGUGGAGGUUGAUCCGUUCGUCGGGCGAAUAACGUUCUUUAUGAGUGGUCAAAGCUGGAAGCGGGAACGGAAGGCUCAAAGUCCACUUUUCACCGUCAGUAAAAUGGGCAGAAUGUUAACGCUGGUCUCGGAACAUCUCCAUAAAGCUACCGAACGGCUGAUCGAUGAUUCCAAAGCUACGAUCAUGGACCUGGAUGCGCACGAUCUCAUUGGAAGACUUACGAACGACGUGAUGACAUCAGUUUCCCUAGGCGUGGAAGUUGAUAGCUGGCGUGAUCGAGAGAAUGAUUUUUACGCACAAAGUUUACACCUUACCUCGAACAUCGGAUUUCAAGGAUUGAAAUUCUUCCUAUUGACAGUGUUUCCGGCCAGGUUGUUUACCCUGUUUGGCAUCAGAAUCGUUCCGGACGAUUGUGUCAACUUUUACCGGGGCGUUGUUCGGAAAGUUGUUGAACUUUAUAGAAAAAGUAGCUUCGAUCGACCGGAUUUCAUCAGCUAUAUCAUGAAAUUGAGUCAAAUUGAUUCGAAUCAAGAUGACAUGGAUCCGGAAAUCGAUUCUAGUACACAUGGAAACACUCAAUCCGAUUUAGACGUGGCCGCAACGGUAGGAACGUACAUUUUUGCCGGUAUCGAAACCUCAACGGCGGCCGUUUGUUUCACCCUUUAUGAGUUGGCGCUGAACAAAAAUGUGCAAUCAAAGCUCCACUCAGAAAUCGAUGCCAUUUUUAAGGAACUCGAUGGAGUCCCGAUUACCUACGAGGCCCUGCAAGGGAUGCGCUAUCUCGAUCUGGUUGUUUCCGAAUCGCUCCGAAAAUGGCCACCAGUUGCAAUGACGAAUCGAGCCUGCCGUUCUUCCUACCCAUUGGAAGAUUUUGAUGGAACACGCAUUACCCUUUCCGAGGGCCAAGUAGUUACAAUCCCCAUCUUCGCUUUCCAUAGGGAUCCAAACCUGUUUCCCAACCCAGAUCACUUCAAUCCGGAACGAUUUGCCGAUGACAACGAGCACCUGAUGGAUCGUGAUGCGUACAUGCCUUUUGGGAUGGGUCCGCGCAACUGCAUCGGACUCAGGUUGGGGCUGCUCCAGACCAAAUGUGCCAUCUACUAUCUGAUGCUGCGGUUCGGGAUCGAGCUGUCGGAUAAAAUGGAACAACCGCUGAAGCUGAAAACGAGCACUACGAUUUUUACCGCUGAAAAGGGAUUUUGGUUUAACUUGAAGCCACGAGCAAAAUAAUGUUUUUGACAUAAGUUGGAAGGUCCAAUAAAAAUAUGUCCGUAGUUUUUAUAA